GUUAGGUUAGGUUAGGUUCGACGGAACAAGCUAGCAGCUGAAACUGAUGACUCAGUAAUCAGUACACGCCGGAGGCCGGCGGCUCUGAGAACGUGUUGUUCGACGACGUCAUCGGGCGCGCUCGACCUGUCAUUCACCUGUCAGCUACCGAUCGGACUUGACGAUUCCUGACGGGAUGAGUCGCAUCGGGGAAGUGGUCGAUUUCUCGACACUUGACGCGGACAUUCAAGAGCUGAUAAGAGAGAGCGCGGCGGUGCGCGAGAAGUCCUACUCGCCGUACAGCAACUUCAAGGUCGGGGCCGCGUUGCGAUGCGUUGACGGCAGCAUUUCGCGGGGCUGCAAUGUGGAGAACGCGUCGUUUCCGGCGGGCGUGUGCGCCGAAACCACGGCGAUCGUGAACGCCGUGACGGAGGGAAAGACAAAAUUCACGACGCUGGCUGUGGUCGCCGACCAGGAGAACGCCCCGUUUACCACUCCGUGCGGGAUAUGCAGACAGGUCAUCUCCGAGUUCAGCGGUGACAUACCCAUCUACUUGACGAAAAGCGAGAUGAAGCGAGUCCUGCGGACUAGGACGAGCGAGCUGUUUCCGCUCUCGCCGUUUUCCACAAGCAACUCGGAGUCUUCGUAAUUUAUCAAGCGAUUCCAAGGCUGACGAUUUACGAUCACUGUAAAUGAAGCUAUAAAUUUCGUUAAGUUUUUCUAUUUCUCUUAUAAUUCGGAUAUUUUUAUCCAGUUGAUACAUUCGCAGAACUUUUUAUAUAAUUAUAUGAUUAAAUGUUUUAUUUCAAUGAAAUGUUUAUCGAUGCAGAAGCGAUUAUUUACAAUGACGCAUUCAUAUCAUAUUUGUAUAUUGUUUAAAAUAUAUUAUUGUACAACGUGUAACAUUGAAACAAAUCAUUGUUGUAAAGUUAAAAAAAAAGUUUUUUAAUAGUACCAUUAAUUGUUAACUAAACAACGUUUGUACACGAUGCACUAAUAUAUAUAUUUGCAUGUAUAUACUAUAUCCCGAUUGUUACUCUUUAUUACAUAUAAAUCAUAUAAUAAUAUAUAUAUAUGUACACCAGAUAUGAUUAUCAUCAAAUUAAACUUAACUAAUAACUUUGUAAAGUUAUAAAUACAAAAGCGAGUAAUUGCUUACGUAAUGAGACUUCAUCUUGAAAGCUUUUGUCUCACUUUUACCAAAAUGGACACCUGUAACAAUAUAUAGUAUUAAAAUUUU